CUGUAUCAUGAUGAACCGUCACGGGCACGAUAAUGCGGAAGAAUACUAGGUCUGAAACUGUGGCCGGUUUUUCCUUUCGUGUCGUACUCAUUGCAUGCGAUCAUGUCCUAUUCCCACGAUGAAAGAAAUGGGCCGAGCGACUGGGAUCCUGAGAAACGACAGGACCAGGAGUAUGAUGGCCCCCCUGGCAUGGAGCCGGAUGGCAUCAUCGAGAGCAACUGGGAGGAGAUCAUCGACAACUUCGAUGACAUGAACCUUCGUGAAGAGCUGUUGCGUGGAAUCUAUGCCUAUGGUUUUGAGAAGCCAUCUGCCAUUCAGCAGAGAGCCAUAAUCCCAUGUAUCAAAGGGAUGGACGUGAUAGCCCAGGCCCAGUCGGGCACUGGCAAGACUGCGACCUUCUCGAUUGCCAUCCUCCAGCAGAUAGACACAUCACUGAAGGAGUGCCAGGCACUGAUCUUGGCACCAACACGUGAGCUGGCACAACAGAUCCAGAAGGUGGUCAUCGCACUUGGUGACUACAUGAGUGCUCAGUGCCAUGCCUGUAUUGGCGGCACCAACGUGCGAGAGGACAUCCGCAAACUGGAAAAGGGUGUCCACGUAGUUGUUGGCACUCCAGGACGUGUCUUCGACAUGAUCAGCCGCAAGGCCCUCCGAACAAACAACAUCCGCAUUUUUGUGCUGGACGAGGCUGAUGAAAUGCUGUCCCGAGGGUUCAAAGAUCAGAUCUACGACGUCUUCCGGACGCUAAACUCAAACAUUCAGGUGAUCCUGCUUUCAGCUACGAUGCCAUCAGAUGUGUUGGAUGUGACAAAGUGCUUCAUGCGCAACCCCAUCCGAAUUCUGGUGAAGAAAGAAGAGCUUACCUUGGAGGGUAUCAAGCAGUUCUACGUAGCCGUAGAUCGUGAAGAAUGGAAGCUGGACACACUGUGUGACCUGUAUGAGACGCUGACCAUCACCCAGGCGGUGAUCUUCUGCAACACGAGGCGGAAAGUGGACUGGCUCACAGAGAAGAUGCAUGAGCGCGACUUCACUGUCUCUGCACUGCACGGAGACAUGGGCCAAAAGGAACGAGACGUGAUCAUGCGCGAGUUCCGGUCAGGCUCAAGUCGAGUGUUGAUCACGACUGACCUGCUUGCCCGGGGCAUCGAUGUUCAACAAGUGUCCUUGGUCAUCAACUUUGACCUGCCCACCAACAGGGAAAACUACAUCCACAGAAUUGGCCGAGGAGGACGGUUUGGUCGUAAGGGUGUUGCCAUCAACUUUGUCACUGAGGAAGACAAGCGUACCCUUAAGGACAUUGAGGGCUUUUACAACACAGAGAUAGAGGAAAUGCCCAUGAAUGUGGCUGACCUGAUCUAAAGAAGUCCUCCCAAGACAGCAGUGGGGGAUAGCAGAAAGUGAAUGGGCAGAGGGGAGACAAAAAAAAAAAAUCCGAUCAUCCACCAGCAGCUGACGGACUUGGGAGGAGUGAAGACGAGAAGUGGGGGAGGUGUGGCAAGUUCACAGCAUUGCAGCCAUAGUCAGCUGGCUCUUGCCAUUGGCACGCUAGCAACAGCGGAAUAUUGGUUGCAAACACUGACCCUAUGCAUGCAUGGCUUGUAUAGGGAGCUUAAAAUUUAAUGCAAUGUCGUGUACAUGUAUCCUUAUUGGCCUGUUUUUGAAAGCUCCUUCAUUUGCCUUGCAUGGCCAGUGUCCCACCAUUGUUCGCUGUUGUUUGCAUGCAGUGGCCAGGAGUUCAUCAGCAGUGGCCAGCUGUGCAAUUUUUUUAAUGGGUUUGAAAAUUCUCGCGUGGGACGGAUUGUAAUAUCGGGGCUUUGUCCACGACAAGGCAACCUGUCUGUUCCCCUCCCCCACCUUGCCUCGUUCGUGGCCAGUGUAUUUUUUUUUUCACUUGCCACGUCAAGGCAAGUUUCACUGAAAGUUGCCUCGGGUGACUCAAAACUAAAAUGCUAAUGGUGUUAAUAAAAACCAUGGGAGGAGCGCUUUCUUCCCUGUAACAUGA